AUGUCGGAUGGAACUCGCAACUUAAAUGAGCUAGAUUUGGUGCAGGUCUUGGAGCAGGCUAGUAAUGCAAGAAACGCGGGUUCACAAGUUCAAAAAGCUGCAGAGUUGCAGUUGAAGUCGUGGGAGAGCCAGAAAGGCUUCCAUUUCUUGCUGCAAUCAAUUUAUUUGGACCUAUCUUGUCCUCUCAACAUCAGAUGGCUGGCCAUUAUCCAGUUCAAAAACGGUGUAGAGAAGUAUUGGCGUUCUACGAGAGUGAAUGCGAUAGCUAAGGAUGAAAAGGCGUCGAUCAGAGCUCAUUUGUUCGAUUUAAUCAACGAGAAGAAUAACCAACUAUGCAUACAAAAUGCGCAAGCGACAGCCCGCAUUGCUCGCCUGGAUUUCCCCGGUGACUGGCCCCAUCUUUUCGAGCAACUAGAACAGCUUUUGGGAAACGAAUCGAUCUGGCAAGACGCUGUCAAAGUGUAUAAUCUUCUGCUGAUAGCCAACCAAGUGGUCAAAAUCAUGGCCACUGCUCGAAUCGGCAGAUGUCGUCCAGCAAUGCAAAGUAAAACGCCUCUGAUCUUCCCUUUGAUAGUGCGGACGUAUUUGAAGGCUUUCAACGACUGGACAACGUCAACCAAUGUUGACGAAGACAGCUUGACCCAGAUUCAGGUGUCGUAUCUGGCACUAAAGGUCUUGAGACGGUUGGUUGCAGAAGGAUAUGAAUCACCUCAUAGAAAUGAGCCGGUUCGUGAAUUUCUUCAGAUAUCCGUCAACCAUUUUGAGCUAUUACUAUCGCAUUACAACAAUUACAGGAAGUUUGAUUCUUACGAGAAAUUUGUGCGCUGCUACGGCAAGCUUUACUACAACAUUAUGUGUGCUUCUCCAUCAAACUUCAUUCUACUGCCAUGUUCUUUGCAAGUUUUGGUUACGUUCACCAAAUUGUUGAUGGACCGAGCACCAGAUGUCUAUAACGAGAAUGCAGACCUGAAUGGCGAUUUUUGGGAACAAAUAGCCAUUCGUGGAUUUCUGCUUUUGAAGAGGCUCAUCAAUUUCAUUCACAAGAAAGGCGCUGUAACGAUCAGGGCAAAGAAUGACAAAGCAGAAGUCGAUGCAGCCAUCAGACGCAUUUCGACGGACUUUUUGAAUGAACACUUGAUCCAAAGAUGGGUUGAUAUGCUUAUGGAGUGGUAUAUUAAAUUGAGACUUCCGGAGCUCGAGAACUGGGCUCUUGAUCCAGAAGAAUGGAUGAAUGAACAACUUGUAACAAGCUAUGAACAUCAAAUAAGGCCGUGUGCCGAGAACUUUUUCCAAGAUCUAAUAGCCACUUUCCCACAACUUCUCGUCCCUUAUCUGCUCAAUAAAAUUCAAACUGAUGUUGGCACCUUGGGAUACGGCAUGGAAGACCUGUUGAACAAAGAUUCCAUUUUUGCAAGUUUCCAACUAAGCGCAAGCUCCAUUAGUGAGUCUGUUGAUUUUGAUCGUCUUUUUGUCGACGUCUUUAUACCAGAGGCAACAAGCUCCCAAGUUUCGCAAGAUCACUCAAAAAUACUGAAAAGAAGAGUUGCCCUUGUCAUCAACGAAUGGUGUUCUGUGAAGUGCUCGGAAGAAAGUAAACAAUUAUGCUACAAACUGCUGCUGAAGCUUAUUACAGAAGAAAAUGACAAAGUCAUCCAGCUGACUUCCGUUCAAACUCUGAGGACGAUGGUUGAUGACUGGAAUUUCGACAAGAAUUCCUUUCAGCCUUAUCUUGAAGAUACUGUUUUUGUCUUGCUCAAGCGAUUACUUCCAUCUGUCUCUCUGACUGAAACGCGUCUCUACGUUUUGAAUACAUUGAGUGAUGUCAUCAUUCAAACGAAACCUCUGAUCAGUAAAACUCAGUUGGUGGAAAUUCUGCAGAUUGUUCCGGAUUUGUGGGAGAUAUCUAUAAAGGAUCCCAGUGAAGCUAUUCUGACAAACGCUCUGCUGAGACUUUUGCGUCACUGCGUCGAUUCCUUGGGCAAAAACUCCCCAGCCACUUGGCAAAUCGCUUUACCUAUUACGCAGGCUGCCUGUAAUCCAAGCUCUCCUCAGUACUCUCUCCUGUAUGAGGAUGGGUUUGAGCUCUGGCAAAGCCUGCUACAAAAUUGUCCUUCAGAAAAACAAGUUGACAAUGCCUUUUUGGAAUUGAUACCACUUUUGCACAAUGCCAUUCAAAAUCAAACUGAAAUACUUCCUACGCUUUUGGAGAUUGUAAGGAGUUAUGCCUUAUUAUUGAACGCGGAGCAAUUUCGGCAAUUUGAGUCGCUAUCUUUUGUCGUUUCCUACUUGUCGAAAUAUCUCCUCAAGCUUCGGGACGAUUCCUUCGACCUGUUAUUGUCGAUUCUCGAUAUUUUGGUUUUAAUUACAAAUCAAGAGAAUCUCAACUCCCUGCUGGACUUUUUCCUAGACUCAAAGGUUUUCGAUGCAAUCUUCGAUGUCUUAUUUAGAGAAGAACAAGUCUCCAGUUUCCAGGCGGGUCAAUUGCUUCAAGUAGUUGCGAGAGUCGCUUUUGUCAAUCCACAAUCGAUCCUGCAGAUUUUGGAGGCGUUUUACUACCAGCUUCCAAGCUCUACAGAAAACUCCUAUCUUCCAUUGGAGCAAAGAAAAUCUGUGAACAGAGACUUACCCUUUGAGGAUGUUGUCAACAAGUUUAUCACCAUAUGGAUCCUUUGCUUUAAAGACUUUUACGAUCCCAAGAUUAAAAAAAUUCAUACCCUUGGAGUUUCAUCGAUGUUGCGAACAUUAGCUCUACCUGUUCUUGCGGAAUUUCCCAGUUUGGCUUCGCUCUGGGUGGAGUUCUUGGAGGAAACUAACGAAACAGCUGGCGGAGACUGCGAGAAGUUUCAUUUGAAAGAGAGUACUUACACUGGAGAUGCCAACGAAAAUGAAGAAGAGUACCCGCCUACGUGCGAACAAUUCCGUUUGAUUGAACUCUCGAGGACACGGGAUCCCGCUCACAACGUAAGUUUGAAGGCUAGUAUAACACAGAUCAUGCGCUUCCUGGAAAGCGAACUGGGACCUCAACUUCAAAAUCUUGUCGCAUCGGUUGACGCCGCCUCAUUAGAAAACUUGAAUUUAUUCUUGUCGAUGCCAUCUCAGAAAUAA